AUGAAGUUCACUCUCCAGUCCGCCGUCCUCGCCCUCGCCUUCGCUCUUCAGGCGAGCGCUGUUGCUGUCGAGGACCCCUCCAUGACCGCCGUCCGCCGCAACACCCUCCUCAUGGAGCGUCAGGGCGCCAACGCCAACCGCCCCGUCCCCAACGGCGCCUGCUGCGUCGCCAACACCAGUCUGAAGCAGGAUGUCUGCAACGUCAACGGCCAGACCGGUCGCUGCGUCCCUGAUAACAUCAACAACUGCGGUGCCACGUUGACCUGCAUCGAGGACAGCAGACUGAGCUGCGACCCCAACACCCUCGAGCGCGGCCGCCCCCUCUGCCGCCGUCGCCAGGGUGCGUAA